AUGACAUCAUCAAGCUUUACCAUCAAAUUAUUCUUUCUAUUGGCCAUGGCAUGCUGUUGCGCUCAAGUCAAGAAUGGUGAGCAUUUUGUGACCUUUAAAUUUGGCUAAAUUUUUCCUUCGUACUCUAUGAUAAUACCGUAUUAAAUCAUCAAUAAUUUUUUUCCAGAUCCUCCCCGUUUCUUUGAUCUCAACGUAAACAAAUUGGACAUCUACGAGUAUCAAGUUGCUGUUAAACUAAUGCUAAAAAUGAAAGCCAAAAAGCUCUUGCGUUCUGCGGACACAACGUCUCAAAAGCUCUAUGAAAUCUGCUCUCGGGACGCUAAAAUCAUCCCAGAGUUGGCUCGUUGUGUUGUCAAUUUAAUGGACCGUCAUCAUACCUCAAUAGAGGUGGAUUUUCAGAACGAAGACAACCCGAUUGUAAUGUUUAUCCGGAGUGUGCGAAGAGAUUGGAGCAACAGUAAUUGGAGAGCAAAAAGAGCCAUAAAUGGAGGGUCAGAACCGACCGUUGAUAACAGCGGGAGUAGGGAGAGAUACAGGACGGACUCUAGAAUCAGUCCGUAUUCGAGUUAUGCAAGAUUGGUUGAGAGGAGAAGGUUUCUGAAGAAGCAGAAGGAAACUGAACAAGUGAUCGAAGCAAAGAAGGUGCAAGAAGAAGCAGAUACUAAAGAGUUGCCCGAAACCUUCCAGAAGCUCAAUAAGAUCAAGAGUUAUCUGAAGAAGGCGGAAUACUGCCAGAAUUUUAUGAACGAAAUGGCCAGGAGGUCGUCAAGGUGGGUUUGAAAAAAAUAUUUUUCCAUCGAAAAACCACCCGAAAAAUUCUGUUGUGACAUUUCGUGUGAAUUUUACCGAUACUGGGUGUGCGAAGUGUCAAAAAAAAGCAGAGAGACCCCCUGGGUUGCCGUGCGACGCUUUGGUUAUAAGACACGUAGCAAUUUCUGAAAAUUUUAGCUCUAGUUUCUCAAUUGUAUGUUACCCGUGUAUGUAUACUUAUUCUGUCGGGAAAAUAAUAUGGAUUUGCCGCGCCUUGGAAUCACCCAUCAUCACUUUUCGACUACUAACCGCUGCUGCCGAUUUGUUGCGCGACUGCGACGAGGAAAGGCUUUUUGCUGCGACAAACCCACAUUAUUUUCCCGACAGACUAAGAGCGUUUUUGGCAUUAAAACACUAUCUUAAGAAUCCUUCAUUUCAGGUUUAUUCGUGGCAUAAAUCAGACCGUUACCUUUGAAAACCAACCGCCAUCAACACUCUCGGCGGUUGAGAGGAUCGUCAAUGUAUUUGCGAACAGUCAGUCCUUCAAGAAGCUGUCCAUCCUCUCUCCUCGGCUUUUUGGGUUGUUCCCGAAGGAGAAGAGCACUGGCCCGCAAUUUUUAUCGCCGGAUUUACUGAGCUUCCAUGACAAGGGGCUCUUCUCAAUCCCGUCGAUUUUUCAGGUGAGCAAGAGGAUUUGUCUGUCUUGAAAUGUCUCACUGUGACUAGUGGAAGGAAUGAUAACUCAUGGAAACCUUUCGCUGCACUUUCAUUAUUUGUCAUUCUGCCGGGAAAAUAAUGAGCACAAUGCCGACGCAUCGUUGAGGUUUAAAAAAAUGAUUUUGCCGCGACACAAUUCAUUUUCUCGGCGGCGAUGCGACUUUCAAAGCGAUAUCGUCCUCAUUAUUUUCCCGACAGACUGAUAGAAUUUUUAUCAAUUUUUAGAACCUCUCCGUUGACAGCGGUGAGAUGUACCAAUGGAUCGACCUCUUGAUGAAAAUUACCGGCGCUUCCCGGCAAAUUGACGAAAUUUUCGACAAGAGCAAGGAUGACAUUGACUUUAUCGAAACCAAGGCGUACCCCAAAAUUGUCGAGUUCGAAGAGCGUCUAAAACAGUUCGAAGAGGUUCGAAAAUCCUACUCGGAGGAUCAACGAGAUCAACUUGAAACAGACGGCUACACAUUCACGACACCGUUUCAGUCAAAAGUUUUGUUUGGCAAAACUUCCGAAUACGAUUUUUAUACGCCAAAUCAAAGAGAGAAGUUGCUUGAAGACAAGAUCCGAGAGCUUGCAAGAAGAACGCCAAACAGAGUGAAACGACAGGAAAGUCCGGACACAGAGCAUCAUGGCCCUCAGUUGGUUGUCCUCGAACCAUGGGCGUUUGAGCAUCGUGAAGGUGCGGUUGCGUUGGAGGGAAUCAUCUUGUCGCCGCACGCCUUUGCCGGAGACUUUGUUUCUCCGGAGUUUUUUACGGUAAGGUUAUGGUAAUUGUUUUUGCAUUAACAAGGAAGGAGUCUUUUUGUAUCUUUCCUAUCACUGCCCCCCAGAUAGUACGCAAAGUGCGGAGAACGGCUACAGAAAAUUGAAUUUUUUUGCCGUCCUUUGCCAGUUUCACGCAGAAAAAAAAAUAAUUUUUUUAUAUAGCCCCUGUCCAGCUCAAUAGAAGCAAGGUUCUCCCCGGAAAUACUCGCAAAAAGCGCCCAACUUUCCCGAACUUUUGACCGAAAAACCUUGGUCGAUUCUGCAAAGCGCAAGGUAGCAAACGUCGCACAUGCUCUUGAAAAAGCCUAUCUAAAAUUUUAGCUCGCGUUUUGCAGGUGUUGUAGAGAUAUUCAACAAUCAUGGCGAGGAGGAAGGGGUUACACAUCAGAUACAAACGGAAUGCCAAGGAUUUUUGGCAUUUAUUUUUUUAAAUUUUUUUUAUGGGCCUCGGGAAAAUUGAUAGUUUUCAAAGUAUGAUUGCGGCAUUCUUCCAAUAGAUGAACCAAAUUAAAGAAAAGACAUCUACCUAUUUUUAAAAAUUAAUUUGGGGUCUGGCGACCUCAUGGGAAGCCUACAAAAAGGUUGCAAAAUUUGGAAUUUUUGAAAACUCUGAUUCGAAUUUUGCAAAUACCCAACUUAUAUUAAGAAAUCUGAUUUGGAGGAGUUAUCAAUAAUGUUAUUUUCUUUCUAUAUGAAAAGUUUCGGCAGAAUUGGUCUGCAAGUUUUGGAGAUGAUGGCGAAAUACAUCAAACUUGGUAUAUCAAAAAAUUUUUUCGGUUUUGCAACGGCUAAGGCUGCUCACUGCAUGGACACAUUCAUUAUAGGGUAUCUCAGUUUAUAAAACCUUCUUUCAGAGUCCAUAAUGCCAAAUUAAAUGACAUUUUGCCAUCAAUUUAGCAUGAAUAACAUACGUCUUCACAUGUUCAUAUUUGGGUUUGCCGCAUCGGUAAUCUAUGUUUUGAAAACGUAAUAACGUCCUUUCGUUGGCUACGUAUUUCUUUUUAGAUGGAAAAGAAUCUCCACCAUAUGUUUUCAUAAGUUUACCAUGUACAACAUGAUUAAAAUAAGAUUCAAAAAAGGGCUAGUAGUUGGUCUCAGACCUCGUUUGGACUUGUUAAGGUGUCCCCUUUUCAUAAAAACUAGAAUGAAGUUGCCGCGUUGGUAAAGCGCCGGCCGGCGACAUAGCCUCCUAAGAUGGUCUCACUAUCAUGGAUAAUACGGAAUUGAUACAGACAUGCAAAGUGAGAAACAUACGGAUUAUUUCUUUGACCCAUCGACGGUUUUAGUUAGUAACAUAGUUUUUAAUUCUUUUUUUGAAGCCUAUCAUCCGUUUUUUGGUACAAAUUUCGAUAUUAUACAUGAUCUAUACAACAACCUAGUUCCUCAAUUUUUGAACUUUUUAGGGUAAAAACGGAUGUUUUGAAACUAAUUUGAUCUUAUAAUCAAUAUCACUUCUUGUAAGAAUGAUUUGCAGCUUCAAAACCUUAAAAAAUUUAGUGGUGAAUAUUGUCAUGUAUCAUGCUGACGUUAUGGGAAACUGUGAAAACCGUCUUUUUUACCCGGUAAUUGAUAGAUUGGAUCUAAAUGAGCAUGAUUGGUGAAGAAAACCCGCAAUUCCUACAAUCGCAAUUGUUUUCAGUUCCAAAAACGCCUGUUUUAAUCCCAAAUUUUCAAAUCGCAUCAACUUUUUUUUGUAUAGACGAAUUUUGAUAAUAUUUUGGAUAUUUCCUAUAUGGACCAAUACUAAUAGAACCUCCAAAUCAGAUUUCUCGAUUUAAGUAAAAAAAUUUUGUAUCUGAUGUGGGUUACGGUGAAAUACACUUUUUUGGAUAUAUACUCCCGGACAUAAAUUUCUGACCACCCAUAUCUCAAGUCAAUAUAAUGCAAUCGCUUUGAAACUUGGCAUGUAUACUGGUCAUGACAAACAGAAUGUGCCACAUAAAACUGUUUUUCGUGUCUCUGUCCUUAGGCGAGUUAUGCAGGUUUUUUCAAAAAUUGGUGGACAAAACUUUCUGAUCACCUAAAAUAACUAAAGUUUUCUCAGUCUCCUUAAGUAAGCGACAUGGUUCAGUUAUCUUCGAACAUUAUUAAGGGACCUACAAGGACGAUGGGUAUGCUUUUUACCACCAAAUUCGGCGUGUGCCCUCAAGCAACUCGUAUUCUUGCAGCGCUCUUUUUCUCGUUAAAAUCACGCCCUAUGCGGCAAGGACGACUUUUUUGUUUCAGAAAAAGUAAUAAGGAACUUAUUGGAGGUAGUGAUACAAGAUCUUACUACCCAGCAAUGUGAAAUAUGCCAUUAACGCCUUAAGCAAAUCACCUAGGAGUAGCCCAUCUCUGAAUAAUUGAUCAUAACCGCAGGCGUUUUUAUUAAAUCCGCCUAGAAAUCCCCUACAGUACUCUUUGGUGUAUACCGAAGAACGUGGGAUAGCAAUCUCCCGUUAUCUUCGCAUUUCGUGCGCGCACUAACGCAAAAGUCCAAAAAAAACGCAACUAUUCCGAUUUUGUAAUUAUAAAAUGGUCAGAAUUUGCCAAAAAAUCCUCAAGUUUGCGUUAUCGCGUAAUUUCAGUCCGAAAUUUCAUGAGGCCGGGUCAGCACUAAUAUAACUUUAUUCUUCAUUGUGUAGGGCUAAGCCAUGUUUUAUUUCAGCCAGUUUGUGCUAAUUCUGAAAAAGUUACAAGCCGCUAAAGUCCGGCCGGCUGGUUAGUUUUGCAAUGAUUUUGCACAUGCUUGAUGAAAUUCUUAACAUCCCUCGGUAUAACGGACGAAAAUUGAUUACGUGUGAUCAAUUACAUAAUCUUGUACGUUUUUUAUCCUUCUAGCCCAACUAGAGCCGUGGUAUACUAACAAAAUCGCGUAAUGCGCAGAAUGCACAACCCCUUGUGACGUAUGUUACUACUCCCCGAUUUUUUGCCAUAAAUAUAUGCGGUACGUCUGUGCUAUGCAGUAUAAGCAGUUUUAGCCCCGUGGCAAACAUUUUUCGGCAGUUGCGAACAAUUUAUCCAAGUGAUCAGAAAAUUUUGUCCACACUUUUUUUGAAAAUGUCGAAAAAACUGCCCUUAAAGUGCAAGGAUGAAAAAUUCCGUUUUACCAAAUGUUUUGCACAUCUUCUUGAUAGGGCAGUUAAAAUUUGGAACAUGUAGCUCAAUUAACAGCCCAGCUAAAGGGUGGUCAGAGAGAUAUGUCCGGGAGUAUAUCUUUGCCAAUUUUAUGCGGAAAAUUUUGAUUUUUUGUGGAAACAUUACUCUCUACGGUAGAAAUAGGCAUGAAAUUUUUCAUGGCAAAAUCGACGAAAAGUGUCACAUUUUUGACUUCUUUCGAUCUGAAAAUCUCGGUUGUUUCUAGACAGCACAAGCUAGAAUUCCCACAUAUUUCUUCAAAAAAAUCAGUCAAAAAUUUCAACCAAAUUUUUAUUCAAACUCAAACACUGCACCUUGAGCAUAUUCCUUGCUUUUUUAAGCCACUUUUCAUCAAGAUUUUGCUCAAUUCUCAUAAAAUUUUCUUUCAGAUGCAUCUCCUUUCGCCCAGUGCCUUCUUCUAUUCCUUGUUAUCUCCUCUGGUCCUCUUCACCAGAAUCCUUUCUCCGUCCGCGUUUCGAGCCGAAAUUCUGUCGCCAGAAGUGUUGGAUGCCUACAUUCUGAAUCCCGAAGCGAUACUGGCCGAAAUCUUGUCGCCCAAGUUUUUGGACCUUCGGAUUGCCAGUCCGCGCGCUCUGAGUUUUGAAGUGUUGAAUCCUAGUGAGUUAAAAUUCAAAUCGGCUUAUUUUCCAACGUUUUCAGUUAUUCUGUCGCCACGUGUUGCGUCACCAGAACACCUGGCAUUCCGUGUUUUAUCGCCGAGCAUUCUGUCGCCGCACAUUGCCAGCGAUGGGCAUUUGAAUGUUGAGGUAGGUGUUGAACAGAAAAAAAUUGUGACUUUGUAGUGCUUUAUAGAUGUUCUAUUUUCUAUCAUAGUAGAAUAGGGUCUUGAAAGACAAGAAAAAAAUUUUUUGUAAGAAAAAUUUCUUCAUUGUGUCUCACAAUUUUUUAGCUCAAAAUUGGUUUUUCUUAAACAAACUAUCAGUAUGUCAGGAAAGUAAUGUGGGUUUGUCACAGUGUCACAGCAAGAAUGUCUCGCCUCGCCGGAGCCACACACCAAAAAUCCAGCUGUUUCUAGUUGUCGCAAAGCGAUCGCUUUGAUGCCCGAUUCCAACGCGCGACAAAUCCACAUUAUUUUCCCGACAGGUUGAGAAUUAGCAAGCAUUGAAUCGCCAUCAUUAAAAUAAAUUUUGUCGUGGCAAAAUCAAGUCGCUUUUCACUUCAGCGACGCGAUCGGCCGGCCCUUUGACACUGUGCUCACCAGACAGACCUAUAACAACUCAUUUAGAUCCUCUCCCCGCACUUGCUCAGUGGUCACGGAGCGCCGGGCCAUGACACCGAAGAAAGCCAUCAUUUCAGCCCCGAGCAUCAUCAUGAGCAUGGCGACAACGCAUUCGAUCACUUAUUCGGAGCAUAA